AUGACAGUGAUCAACAAUGGACACACAGUUAAAGUAAAAACUAUUGGAAAGUUUUACAUUACGAAUGGGGGUCUUCCAAAUGUUUACAAGACUGCCCAGUUACAUUUCCAUUGGGGUUUAGACAAUGACCAAGGAUCAGAACAUCAGAUUAAUUCAGCCGUUUAUCCCAUGGAACUUCACAUUGUAAACUAUGAUCAUUCAAAAUAUAGCAGUCUUCAAGAAGCAAUGACCAAUCCCCUUGGGCUUGCUGUGUUAGGCAUAAUGUUCAAGGUGACAGAUGAAGAUAACCCAGUUUUAAAACCAGUUAUUGACGUCUUUGGAGAGAUUCAGAAACCUGGACAUCCAAAAGUUAAAAUAAAUGCCCAGUCAAUCAGAAAUUUUCUUCCAAAAGAUACAUCUAAAUUUUAUCGAUAUAAUGGCUCACUGACUACACCAGGUUGUUAUGAAACUGUCAUAUGGACAAUCUUUAAGCAGGCAAACUACAUUUCUCAUGGACAGAUGCGAAAAAUGAGGGAAUUAUUCUACAACAAAGAGGUCGGAGGUCACCCUCAUCACCAACACCAUCAUCACGAUCAUGAGCAAUUGAUGAAAGAGGAAAAACAGGCAACCAUUUUCAAAGUAGCUGUUGAGGAGCAGGAAAUUCCCCCUGCCCUUGCAUCUGCCAACAACCAGAAAGUGGAAGACAGUCACAAAGAAGAGAAAAAGAACGAGACAGAAGUUCUAAAAUCAGACAUUGAUGCCAAUGUUCAGAACAAAACCGAAUUCACCGAAAUUGAUCACCAACCUAAUCUUGAGGAUAACCACAAAACUCCAAACUCAGAAAUUCCAUCAGAGAUGAUCAAAGAGGAAAUGAAACAAGAGGAAGUGGUUAUAGGUGGUGAUGACAUGGGAUGGCAAGCAAUUGAUGUUGAACAAUGGAAAUCAUUCUAUACCACCUCAGACACUCAGGGUGAAUAA